AUGCGCAAUCGGAAGUGGGACUUUGCAACGAAGAGUGUGGAUUUAUUUUGUGGUUAUGUUGAGGGAAUCACAUCGGAAGACAAUCUAACUCUAGCAGAGAGAAAACGGCUACAAGAUCUUCUCGACGAGCAUUUCGAGGAUGAGCCAUCAACAUUGGGUAGAACAGACCGUGUGAAGCACGUCAUCGGCACUGGGGGUGUGCCACCAAUCAAACAGCGGUACUACAAUGUAUCCCCUGCUCGUCAAAAACUCAUCAAUGAGGAGCUAGACCGCAUGUUGCAGGCGGUGAAUGCAGUGAGCCGAAAAGACGCCUACCCUCUACCACAGGUGACCGCUAUCCUGGAUAGACUGAGGGACGCUCGAUUCUUAUCUAGCCUGGACAUUAAGAGCACCUAUUGGCAAAUUGAACUAGACGAGGCAAGUAAGGAGAAGGACCGCGUUUGCAAUACCGGGUCGUGGCUUAUACCAGUUCGUCACGAUGCCCUUUGGUCUGUGCGGAGCUCCCGCAACAUGGCAGCGCUUCGUUGA